AUGUCGACAACCCACCCCACCCAAAUGCUAUUCUUCGAUACAUUCGGCACGGUGGUCGAGUGGCGCAUAUGCGUCACCCGAGAGCUGAACACAGCCGUCCUGCAGGCUGUAAAGUCUCCCCGCAAGGGCCUCUCAGCCAAUGUGCGGGACCGCGCAGCAGCCAUGACCUCGCACGACUGGCUAGCAUUUGCCGAACAAUGGCGGCAGUCUUACGGCGAUUUCACAGCUACAUUUGAUCCAUCAACUGAGUUCGUGUCGGUUGAUCAACACCACUUUAAUGCUCUCCAGGACCUCCUCCAGAAACACGGUCUGGAUGGUCUGUUAACCGAUGAGGAACGGUGGGAGCUUGCUUUUAGCUGGCACCGACUUGACCCUUGGCCGGAUAGUGUUCCGGGUCUUGCACAGCUCAAUAAGAAGUUUCAGACUUCGACGCUGUCGAAUGGUAAUGUGUCCUUGCUGCAAGAUCUACAGCGACAUGGUUCGUUGCCUUUCACGCACUUGACCAGCUCGGAGAAUUUUAGUGCUUAUAAGCCAUCGCCAUUGGUUUAUAAAGGGGCGGCUCAGAAGUUUGACUUGCAGUCUGGCCAGUGUGGGAUGGUCGCGGCCCAUUUAACGGAUCUAAAGGGGGCUAAAAGCUGUGGGCUCCAGACUAUCUAUGUUGAGCGUGAAUUUGAGGAGACUUGCUCGCCUGAGGAGAUUGCACAAGCCAAGGCUGAGGGAUGGGUUGAUAUGUGGAUCGAUAUAAAGUCUGAUGGCUUUCUAGAAGUGGCUAGGCGAUUUGGGAUCGAAUGA